CUGCGUGGCGUAGACGUCCCGAAGCAGCAGCUGAAAGUGAAAGUGUUCCUCCUGCUCUAUAAAUAUCUCUGAGGACAACGUGUUCCAUUCUUCUCUGGACUCUUUGGAACGUCGUCUCUCUUCAACUUCAGCCAUGGGGUCGAACAGUUCUCAGCCUGAACCUCAACCGCCUCCCCAGGUGGUCCACCGUUUUACCCCUCCCCCCUCUCUAUGUUUCGAUGAACCAUGGAGGAGAAUCGACUGGGGAGACAAACAGAGCGCUCUGCAGUAUGUGAAGGACUACAAUCCUCCCACUGAAGGCCAGCAGAUCAGGAUUCUUCUUCAUGGACCAGUUGGAGCUGGAAAGUCCAGUUUCAUCAACUCCGUCAACAGUGUCUUAAGAGGCCGAAUAUACACUCAGGCCUUGGCAGCUAAUACCGCUACCGGCUGCUUCACCAAAGAGUACACAACCUACAAGAUCCAGAGAGGAGGCCCAGAGCCGUACUACCCUUUUGUCUUCAAUGACAUCAUGGGCCUGGAUCCACUCAAAGGUGUCCUGGUGGACGACAUCAAACUGGCUUUAAAGGGACACGUGAAGAACGGUUACAAGUUCAACCCUGAAUCCAGCUUGUCAGAGGACGAUAGAUUCUACAACAGUUCCCCAAACCUCAACGACAAAGUUCAUGUUCUGGUUUGUGUCGUUCCUGCCGACACCGUUUCUGGAAUGAAUGAUAGAACUGUGCAGAAGAUUCAAGACAUCAGGAUGGAAGCCAGUAAACUGAAGAUCCCUCAGGUGGCCAUUCUCACCAAAAUUGAUGAAGUCAGUCCUGAAGUCAAAAAGGAUUUAAAGAACGUCUACAAGGUCAAGUACCUGAAGGAAAAGAUGGAGGAGUUCAGUGCCAAUGUGGGAAUCCCAAUGAACUGCAUCUUCCCCGUGAAGAACUACGAUUCAGAAAUCGACCUCGACAAUGACGUUGACUCGCUGAUCCUGAGCUCACUGAAACAGAUCAUCAACUUCGGAGAAGACCGCAUCAACUUCCACCAGAGUCAGUCUGAAUCCUCAGACUGAAAUGUUUGAACGCAGCAUUACAAGAAAUAUUUCAGGAUGUCAAAAUAACAAUCUGCAAGAUUUCCAGUGGGAUCUCGUUUAUGAUUUUCAUUACAUUACGUUCUUUCUUUAAAGCUUCUUAAAAAUGUGUGUGUCUCAGCAGCAUUAAAUAUGCAUUAAAUACCAUUAAAAUGUAUAUCUGC